AAAGAACGAAAGUCAAACUACACGUAACCUAAAAAUCGAAGAGAAAAACAAAGAUUUCUACAAGUCAUCGGAAUUGUCCACACAAAAAGUCGAGAUAAAAUUAGUCUAAACUCAUUGUAAUAAUGGCAGACACUGAUGUUAUUAUGCCUGAUAGUAAGGAUGAAGCUAUGGAUGCGAAAACAUCGAAAGAUACUUCACACAGUUCAAUCGAUGAUUUGGACACCGAGGAUUUGUACGUAAAAUUGAAGAAAUUGCAAAAAACCUUGGAAUUCCUUGAGGUGCAAGAGGAAUACAUCAAAGACGAGCAGCGCAACUUGAAAAAGGAAUAUCUCCAUGCCCAAGAAGAGGUGAAACGCAUCCAGUCGGUGCCGUUGGUCAUAGGUCAAUUUUUGGAAGCCGUCGAUCAGAAUACAGGCAUCGUCGGUUCGACAACCGGUUCAAAUUACUACGUUCGCAUUCUAUCCACCAUCGAUCGCGAAUUGCUCAAACCGUCAGCAAGUGUAGCCCUGCACAAGCACAGCAAUGCAUUGGUCGAUGUUCUUCCACCGGAGGCGGACAGUUCCAUAUCGAUGUUGCAACCGGAUGAGAAACCAGACGUUUCGUACGCCGAUAUUGGUGGUAUGGAUCUGCAAAAGCAGGAGAUCCGCGAAGCUGUCGAAUUGCCACUCACCCAUUUCGAACUGUACAAGCAAAUUGGUAUCGAUCCGCCCAGAGGGGUAUUGAUGUACGGGCCGCCUGGUUGCGGCAAGACAAUGUUAGCUAAAGCUGUGGCUCAUCACACAACCGCAGCAUUUAUUCGUGUCGUGGGUUCGGAAUUCGUGCAAAAGUAUCUGGGCGAAGGGCCUCGUAUGGUGCGUGACGUGUUCCGUUUGGCGAAAGAAAAUUCACCGGCCAUCAUUUUCAUCGAUGAAAUUGAUGCCAUUGCCACGAAACGUUUCGACGCACAGACUGGUGCCGAUCGUGAGGUUCAGCGUAUCUUACUGGAAUUGUUGAAUCAAAUGGACGGUUUCGAUCAAACGACCAACGUCAAAGUGAUCAUGGCUACGAAUCGUGCGGACACAUUAGAUCCUGCCCUGUUGCGUCCUGGUCGUUUGGACAGAAAAAUCGAGUUUCCUCUUCCCGAUCGUCGCCAGAAACGGUUGGUAUUCUCAACGAUAACUGGCCGAAUGAAUUUGUCGGAGGACGUUGAUCUGGAAGAUUAUGUGGCUCGGCCCGAUAAGAUAUCCGGUGCCGAUAUCAAUGCUAUUUGCCAAGAGGCUGGUAUGCAUGCGGUUCGAGAAAAUCGAUACAUCGUUUUGGCCAAGGACUUUGAGAAGGGCUACAAGAACAACAUUAAGAAGGACGAACAGGAGCACGAAUUUUACAAAUAAAUUGUCGGUGUUGCGUUGGUUUGAAAGAGCCUCUGUGUGUGCGAAUUAACCAGUCGAUUUGAAUAAAUUUAAGUUUCUAAUUAA